AUGUGCAUCACCUUACCAAAUGCCACGAGUGUCCUCGGAUCACGAGAAACAUCUAGCUUGGCUAGAUGCAUAUCUUUGAAGGAUCGCUGGGUCAGUGGUAAGGACCACAUCCUCAGUGCUCCAUACAUCGUGGCUCAGUACCUGAAAGAGAUCAACUUCACCAAGAAGGUGUACUUGGUGGGCAGCCCGGGACUAGCCCAGGAGAUACAGAAAGUGGGAAUCCAGUGCAUCGGUGUUGGGCCUGAGAGAAUCGAAGGCUCCAUCUACAACGCCAUGGCUCACAGCAGCACCCUGGGUCUGGACCCCAAUGUGGGUGCUGUAGUGGUGGGCUUCGACCGUGAAUUUAACUACGACAAGCUGGUACGUGCAACCAGCUACCUGGCUGACCCUGACUGUUUGUUCCUGGCCACCAACUUGGACGAGAAGUACAAGGUGACUGGCACUAGGUACCACCUACCAGGUGAGGCUGCUGACUCACUAUCUAGUCACGCAUCUUAG